AUGUCCGCCCUGGAGAAGCAGCUGCAGCUCGGCCGCCUGCCCCCGCGCCCGCCGGGCCCCGCCGGAGGCAGCGGCCAGGCCCCUCCCAAGAUGCGCAUGGGGCCUGGCAGGAAGCGUGAUUACAGUCCGGUUUCCUGGAACCAAUAUUUCGAAUCUAUGGAAGAUGUGGUGGUCGAGACGGACUCCGGCCAGGAUACUUUUCGAGUUUACAAGAGCGGGUCUGAGGGUCCCCUGUUGCUGCUUCUACACGGCGGAGGCCACUCGGCUCUCUCCUGGGCUGUCUUCACGGCUGCCAUUGUCAACCGUAUCCAGUGCAGGAUCGUUGCUUUGGAUCUAAGAGGACACGGUGAGACAACAGUGCGUAAUCCCGAAGACCUGUCUGCAGAAACAAUGUCCAAAGACGUUGGCAACGUGGUGGAAGUCAUGUAUGGCGACCUCUGCCCUCCCAUUAUGCUGAUUGGGCACAGCAUGGGAGGAGCCAUCGCUGUCCACACAGCCGCGUCCAAUCUGGUGCCAAGCUUGUUGGGCCUCUGUAUGAUUGACGUUGUGGAAGGGACAGCUAUGGAUGCCCUCAACAGCAUGCAGAAUUUCCUCCGGAGUCGCCCCAAGACGUUCAAAUCUCUGGAAAACGCCAUCGAAUGGAGUGUGAAGAGUGGGCAGAUCAGAAAUCUCGAAUCAGCCAGAGUAUCCAUGCUCGGCCAGGUCAAACAGUGCGAAGAAGCCCCGAGUCCCGGGGACGCCAAAGCCAUUGUGGAAGGAAUUAUAGAGGAGGAGGAGGAAGAGGAGGAGGAGGAGGGUGAAAACGGGGAAUCCCUGAACAACAAGAAGAAAAAUGACAACGUGGAAAUCAAGAAAGAAGCUGCCUACACUUGGCGGAUCGAACUGGCCAAAACGGAGAGAUACUGGGACGGCUGGUUCAGGGGCCUCUCCAACCUAUUCCUCAAUUGCCCUGUUCCCAAACUGCUGCUUUUAGCAGGUGUUGACAGACUGGAUAAAGAUCUGACUAUUGGCCAAAUGCAAGGGAAAUUCCAGAUCCAGGUCCUCCCACAGUGUGGCCACGCAGUCCAUGAGGAUGCUCCGGACAAAGUAGCGGAAGCCGUGGCGACGUUCCUGAUCCGUCACAGGUUUGCAGAGCCCGUCGGUGGAUUUCAAUGUGUUUUUCCUACUUGUUAAUGCGCCCGACGGUCCCGUCUGCGCCUCUUGUAAAUAAACCGACAUCGGACGCACCGCGGCAUGUCCCGUCUCCUUCCCGUCGCCCGUCAUCCGGUCUCCGAACCCAUCGACACAAAAAUCGCAUCUCCGAC